AUGUCGGAACCAUCCUCCAACCAUGAAGUCGGUGGCUAUACGACCAGAAAUGCAUUCCGCAUUCUCAAACGGUACAUAGAGUCCGAGGAAAGAUUUGCCAUGGAAGGCACUUGCGAGGAGCUGUAUCAAAUGAUUUCACAGGAUGUACCUGCCGACAAGCAGCGCAGCACCUCUCAAAGCAUUCAGCCCCAGGAUAGAGUUGCUGAGGAUGUGAGCAGCCAGGACGAAACAUCUCAAAGCCAAGCGAACCAAGGCUGUCGGUCAAAGAGUGAUCACAUCCUCAGCGAGGCCAUUCUGUGCGUUUCACUGGACAUUCCGUACAACCACGAGGCGCAGACUAAGCUUCUACAUCUUGCCCGGGAGCUGUCGAUGUGCGAUAUUCUGAACAAGACACACGGAAGGUCAAUCAUGGUCUCCGGUAAUUCUGUCAGAGGGCCGCGCACAUAUCGGGAUUACGACUAUUUUCGAUACGUGGGCAUGCCAUACCUUCAUCAGGAGGCUGGCCGAUAUGUUAAUGGCUCUAUCUCCAAUGAAGCCGAAGCAACAAGGACUCUGAACGCCACUGCUUUCCAGGCUCGGCUGGCGUCUGCUGGGUGUCUGAAUACUAUUGCCUCGAUGAUCUGGGACAUGAUGGGCCUGGAGUGGGACAACUCGCCUCGCGAGAGCACUUUGAUUAAAGUCGUGUCCGUCUGGGUAAUAUAUGCCGGGUACUUUUUCUUCAACAAGAUGGUCAUUGACCCAAUGCCUGUCAACGAGGAUAACCAGCGGAUGUUUAAGGCGGUGCGUCUUUAUCAGGGCCCAAUUUUUGGUCUCGAGCGUUGGAACUUCUGGCAGGAACAACUGCUUCGUUCCUCCCAAGACCCCAGUGUCACAGCAGAGGCCCGCGAUAUGGGGCUCCGAGCCGCCGAUUUAAUGGCAGCUCUGUCGCGCAACAUCCGGUGA